GCUCGACAAAGAUGGCGCCGUCCAAGUCGGGUGAACUGCUAGCGCGCGUGAAUUUUCCGCUGUAUUCGCUGAACGUACUCACCGAAAGGCACAUCUUGGUCACCGGAGGCGGCGGCAAAUCUAGGACCGGCAUCCCCAACAAAAUCGAGAUCUACGAGCUGGUCCCAACCGACAAGACAUGCAAGGCAGAGCCAGUGACACGCCACCUGACUGGCGACUGCGCCAUCAUGAACUCCACAGUUUUCUUUCACAAGACCAAGCGGGACUUUGCUCUGGCCGCCGGGCACGACGAGCACUGUCAACUGUACCGCAUGCGCUACUGCCUCCUCGAAGACAGCCACGACGAUGACAAGGACACGCCAGACGCCCGCAGCGACAGAGAAAGAAGAGGCUCCUCUUCAGCAGUCCGCCGGAGACGCAAGUCUGACUCCCUGUCAUCGUCGACUGGCGGAGCAGAGCGCGGCGAAGGGGACAAGCCACAGAAGGUGGAAAAUGGCGGCCCCACCGGCCUAGCCGCAGAGCCGGAGACGACCAAGCCUGACUCCAAUGCCAACAGUGUACGGAUCGGCUUCUCUCUCCAGCCGGAAACGAGCUUCCAGACAGACUUCAGUCCGAAGGAAGAGCCCUUCCAGAAGGUGGUGCGCUUCGCACCCGAAGCGGAGCUGCUCUUCACUGGAGGAGCAGACGGAUGUCUACGAGCCUGGAAGUAUCCACAAUUUAACAUGGAGUAUGAAGUCAAGGCUCACACUGAUGAAUUGGAUGACCUCUGCAUCAGCCCUACAGAAAGCAUGGUGGUGACGGUGUCACGCGACGGUCACGGGUACGUCUGGGAACUCAAGGACGGCAAGAAGGUGUGCGAGCUGGCGUUCUCGGCACCCGGCAGAAGCGCCGAGAAGUACCUGUUCAGGGCGUGCAGGUUUGGCAUUGUGGAAGGGGACCGGAGCAACCACCGGCUCUUCACGAUAUCCAACGCGGCAGUGCGCAAGAAGCCGCCCUCUCCCUGCUACCUCGUCAAGUGGGACGCCCGCAAGUUUGUCCCAGAGAAAGUUCAGGCCACGGGUCCUGACAUGCUGUCCUCGCUGGCUGUAAGCGAGGACGGAAGAUUUGUCGGUGUUGGCCACCUGUCCGGAGCCGUGGAAGUCUACAUAGCUUUCAGCCUCCAGCGGCUGUACCGGGCCGAGCACGCCCACAACAUCUUUGUGACGGGUCUGGAGUUCCUCAAGUCGUGCGACGAGACGCGGCGCCUGGCGGGGAACUACGACGCCUCCCUCAUCAGCAUCUCGGUGGACAACCACAUUGUGGCGCACCACAUACCUUUCCCAGCGACUAUGGGAAUGAUGGGCCUGUUUGCCAUGUUCGUCGGAGUGCUGCUCAUGAUCUACCUGCUCAUGGACUUUCUCGGACUCUAAAUCCGACGCCCCGUCGGAACAUCCCAGCAAACACCGGUGCACCACGAGAGGGGAAGGUUCCGGAACGACCACAGUCCAACGUUUCUCACAUUCCAACGUCUCACCGCUUUGCCGCCGAGCGUACCGACGACAUAGAUACAAAGACUUCUUCGCCGAGAACUUGUCGGGAGACAAGGGAAAAGUGACGAACAGCAGCAGCUUGCACCACGAAUUGUUUCGAGCCCGGUAGUCGGCCAUGCGAGCUCAUCCUUGCUCCCCACUUUCUCGCGGGGGGGGAGGAAGAAUUUGCGAUAGAAGCCGGAGCAUGCACAAACAUCUGCUUCUAUAUCGCACUGCUCUUAUGACACGUCGUCUCGACAAAUAUACAGCGUUUGUUUGAAGGACUUUUUGUUUUAGGAAUUUUUUUGUGGUUUUAAACUAGGGUACUCCACUCCGCUUAGGGGUAGCUUUUUUUUCGUUGCGCACGUGUUUGUCAUGCCAGCAUACUUUGCUGCGAGCGGACGCAAUGCCCACGCACAAUAGACUUCGUGUAAGCUUUGGCGCGAAUACAUUGUGCUUCGACGUGAAGCACAGGGUGUUUACGCUAAAACUCGUAAGGUGUGGAUGCCUCCCCUCCUGCACCUACUCUUUCUCUUUCACCUCUGUGUCCUUUAAGAGUUUGUUCCGCUCCUUUCAAACAGAAAGAAGAGAGCAGCUCCCAUAUAACGAAGCCUUCAUGCAAGAAAUUUUGCCGUCACUAAAGAAGACCCAUGUAAUGCACAGCUUGGAUACGAGUUCUGCAUCAGCAUUCGGCUGGAAUUCGUGCUCGAUCGACGAGAAUGUCUCAGCUGAACGCUGAUGCAGCAGUCGUGUCAAAUCUGUACCCCGCUUCGGCGUUUUUUAGGCUGCGACAAACAUUCAGCGCAAUGGCUUCGUUAUCUGGAAGGUGUCGGGCAUGUUUUUCUUUUUUGCUCUUCUCCUUUCUACCCUCUCAGUUUGGGGGGGGGGGGGGGGGAGAGAGGGAGGGGAAGGGGGCGAUUUUCUGCCCUGCAGAAAAUUUGGGCACUUCAUUUCCUUGCAGGGGCACGCCAGCCAAAAAUUUUCAUGGUUUGUUUUUAUUCCAAUACCCCAUAGUGGAUGACGUUUCUGAACAAUGUGACAAGCGUAUUUAUGAAAGCUGACCUCAGCAUCCUUGUAUAGGAGGGAUUUGAGCUGCUGCACCUAUAGAACUGGCAUUGUUCCGUGAAUAAACGAAAUCUCGGUCCAUUUA